AUGGCUGAUUUCCAGGGAUAUUUGUUCCUAAUUAUCUUAUGGCUGAUUUCCACUAUCUUCAUUCGGGUGAUAUUCAAAUCUACUCGUUCUAAACAUAAUCUUCCACCCAGCCCUUUUGCCCUUCCUGUUAUUGGACAUCUCCAUCUCCUUGCUCCGAUACCUCACCAAGCUUUUCACAAGAUUUCUCUCCGAUAUGGUGGAGUUUUUCGUGUCAUUCUGGGUUCUGUACCUUGUGUUGUUGCUUGUUCACCAGAAAUGGCAAAAGAAUUCCUUAAAACAUAUGAAAAUGCCUAUUUAGAUAGGCCCCAAAACUCAGCUGUAGCGUAUCUAACUUAUGGAUCAAAAGACUUUUCUUUUGCUCCAUACGGAUCCUAUUGGAAGUUUAUGAAGAAAAUAGUCAUGUCACAGCUCUUAAAUGGUACAACACUUGACCUACUCCUUCCAGUUAGGCACAAUGAAAUUAAUCGUUUUAUGAAAUCCUUAUCUCAAAAGGCCAAAGUUGGGAAAGCAGUUGAUCUUGAUGGGGAGCUUGUGAAGAUGUCAAACAAUGUGAUAUCAAGAAUGCUUAUGAGUGAAAGGUGUUCAGAGAAUGAGGAUGAUGCAGGGGAAAUGAAGAAAUUGGUUACAGAAAUAGCUGAGAUUACAGGUAAAUUUAACCUAUCGGACUACAUCUGGAUCUUUAAGAAUCUAGAUGUGCAGGGCUUUGGAAAAAGAUUGAAGGAUAUUCGUAGAAGAUUUGAUGAAUUGAUUGAGAGGAUCAUGAAAGAACAUGAAGAUGCAAGAAAGCAGAAUUCAGGUGUAACGAAGGACUUGCUCCACAUUUUACUCGAUGUUGCGGAAGAUGAGAGCAUGGAAAUUAAGUUGACUAGAGAAAACAUUAAAGCCUUCAUUCUGGAUAUAUUUGCAGCAGGAACAGAUACUUCUGCAAUUACAAUAGAAUGGGCUUUAUCAGAACUCAUCAAUCAUCCAAACAUAAUGAAAAGAGCAAGAGAAGAAAUUGAUGAGGUUGUUGGGAAAACCAGACUUUUGCAAGAGUCGGACAUACCAAACCUUCCCUACCUCCAAGCAAUUGUCAAGGAAACAUUGCGGCUCCAUUCCACGGGCCCAAUGAUUGUAAGGCAAUCAACAGAAGACUGCACAGUCGGAGGUUACCAUAUUCCAGCAAACACUACAAUUUUUGUUAAUAUUUGGGCUCUCGGUAGAGACCCAAAACAUUGGGAAAACCCCCUUGAAUUUAGGCCUGAAAGAUUCGAACAGAACAACUUGGAUGUUAGGGGACAACACUUUCACAUGAUACCAUUUGGGAGUGGGAGGAGGAUGUGUCCUGGGACGACACUAGCAUUGCAGGUGAUACAAACAACGGUUGGUGCCAUGAUUCAGUGCUUUGACUGGAAGGCCGGGAAAGAUGGGAAUCUCACUAGCGUUGAUAUGGAAGAAGGAGUUGGCAUCACACUUCCUAGAAAAAACCCUUUGGUUUGUAUUCCUGUUGCCCGACUAGAUCCAAUCCCAUUUUCGGUGUAA